CGCGCACGACAGGUCACCACCGCACAAGAUGGGGGAUGAAAAUGAUCUCUUCAGCGUGGCGAUGCUCAUCGACGAGCUCAAGAACGAGAACGUCCAGCUCCGGCUGAAUAGCAUCCGACGCCUCGCGACGAUCGCGACCGCGCUCGGGCCGGAGCGCACGCGAACCGAGCUCGUCCCUUUCCUCACGGACUCGAACGACGACGAGGACGAGUGCCUCCUCGCGAUCGCGGAGGAGCUCGCGAACCUGAUACCCAAAGUCGGCGGCCCCGAGCACGCGCACGUGCUCCUCGCGCCGCUGGAGAAUCUCGCGACGGUGGAGGAGACGGUGGUGCGAGACAAAGCCGUCGCCGCCGCGUGCGCCGUGGGCGAGGCGAUGACGUCGGAGGGCGCGACGACGCACUACGUCCCGUGCGUGCAGCGCCUCGCGAACGGGGACUGGUUCACCGCGCGCGUGAGCGCGUGCGGGAUGUUCGCGGUGGCGUACAGGAAGGUGGCGGACGCGGGCGUGAGGAGCGAUCUGCGGAAGACGUACGCGCAGCUGUGCGCGGACGAGACGCCGAUGACGAGACGCGCCGCGGCGCAGCAUCUCGGCGCGUUCGCGGGCGAGAUCGAGCCGGAGCACGUGCGGGGCGAGAUCAUGACGUUGUUUAAGCAGCUCACGACGGACGAGCAGGACUCGGUGCGGUUGUUGGCCGUGGAGGAUUGCGCGAAGCUCGGGAAGAUCUUGCCGAGGGAGGAGUGCGUCGCGGAUGUCGUCCCCGUCGUGAAAAAAUUCGCCGCGGACAAGUCGUGGCGCGUGCGGUACAUGGUCGCGCAGCAGCUGUACGAGCUGUGCGAGAGCAUCGGCGCGGAUAUCGCGCGAGAGGAAUUAUUGCCGUCGUACGAGCAGCUGCUGAUGGACGGCGAGGCUGAGGUGAGGAUCGCGAGCGCGGGCGGGGUGUCGUCGUUUUGCGCGCUCGUCGGCGCCGCCGCCGCGGGGGAGAAGAUCAUACCGAGGGUGAAGGAGCUCGCGUCGGACGGGUCGCAGCACGUCCGCGCGGCGCUCGCGAGCGUCAUCAUGGGGCUCGCGCCGACGAUGGGGAAGGACCAGACGAUCGAGCAGCUCUUGCCCAUCUUCCUCACGCUCCUCAAGGAUGAGUUCCCGGAGGUGCGCCUGAACAUCAUCGCGAAGCUGGACCAGGUGAACCACGUCAUCGGCGUUGACUUGCUCUCGCAGGAGCUCCUGCCCGCGAUCAAAGACCUCGCGGAGGACAUUCACUGGCGCGUGCGGUUGGCGAUCAUCGAGUACAUCCCGCUCCUCGCGUCGCAGAUGGGGACUUCGUUUUUGUUUCAAAAGUCCGAAGCCGACGGCGGGGAUCAGCUCAACGCGUUGUGCCUUCAGUGGCUCUCAGACAGGGUGUACAGCAUCCGCGAGGCGGCGGCGGUGAACUUACAGAAACUCGCGGAGGUGUUCGGCGCGGAGUGGGCGAAGACGCACAUCAUGCCCAAGGUCAUGGAGCUCAUGGCGAACCCGCACUAUCUGUACAGGAUGAGCGUGAUCAAGACGAUGACGCUUCUCGCCGGGUGCGUCGGUCAGGAGCUGUGCAUGACGGAGAUUUUGCCCGCGCUGAAAGCCGCGGCGAAGGAUCGCGUCCCGAACGUUCGGUUCUCCGUCGCGAAGGCGUUCGGGGACAUCGCGAGCGCGUUAGACCGAGGCGUCGUGGAGGGGGAGAUCAAGCCGAUCUUGAACGAGCUCGGCGGGGACGCGGACGCGGACGUCCGGUUCUUCGCGCAGCAGUCCAUCGCGACGUGCGAGGCCAAGGCGUGAGCGAGGACGAGGCUUUGUAGACUGAUGAUAAUACCAAACCAACCAAAAACAGCUCU